AUGAAUAUUUCUAAUGUUCCCAAUUCUAAUAAUUCAACAAAAUCAGGAGCAUAUUAUUCGUCAGAAAAAGAAUCACUUGGAAUAUUAAAGCAUUGUUGCAACGAAUUUAAAAUAGACAUAUCUUUUUUUACUAAGCUUCAUGAAUAUAAAAUAAAUGUUUAUAAAUUAAAGAGUGAUUAUGUUAAUCUGUGCUCAAAAACUUAUGUUAAUAAAAUAAAAAUAGGACAUAAUUAUAAAAAAGAUAUUAAUUAUAAUAUUAUUAAUUUUGAAUAUCCCUAUGUUAAUGUUAGUACUAUUGAAAUCAAUAAAAAAUCAUUUAUUGAAAAUAAAAAGGAUAUAAAAGAGGAAGACUUACAACAAGAUAAAAAAAAUAAUAAAAUACCAAAUGAAGAAAAUAAUAAUGAUACAUAUUACACUAAAAAUGUAUGUUAUAAUGAGGAAUAUAAAAAUAAAAAGAAGAAUAUCAAUAGAUACACAAAAAAUUACAUGGGAAUUUUAUUAAACUUCAACACGUUAGAAGAAUUUUUUAAUACUCAAAGAAAUAAUCACGUUAAUUAUUCUUUAAAUGAUUUAAAGUCUUAUUUAAAUGAAUCAAGUUGUAUUAAUCUAGGUAAUGAAAAAAACAAAAAAGAGAAUAUUUAUGAAGACUCUUUUUGGGAAUAUAAAGAAAAUGAAUUAAAUUUUUUAGAAAAAAUUAAUAAAUAUAUAAUAUUAAGUUAUCUAGAUCUGAAAAAGUGCAUAUGUUAUUACAGUAUAGCAAAUCCAGUAAUAAAACCAAAGGUUGAUUAUCACCUAAUAAAUUAUGAAAGAAUAUUUUUCUAUAUAGAUUCAGAAAGAGUAUAUUUAAAUAAUGAUAGAAGAAAAAUUAAUGUCAUAGAUUUAUUUUACUUAUCGUAUAAAAUUGAUAACUAUUUUAAUAAUUAUAAAAUGUUUAUAGAAUCCAAUGCAUUUAUACUACUAAAGUUUGAUAACAAACCUCUUCAAAAUUUGAACAUUAAGGAAUACUAUGAAAAAUAUUUAGAUAAUAUAUUUAAUAAUUUUCAAAUUGAUGAAGAAGAAGAAAUAAUUUAUAAAAUAAAUACCUUUAAAGAACUAUUUGAGUAUUUAAAAAGAAAUGUUGACAAUAGCAACAAUAAUAUUUUACAUAAAAAUUAUGAUAUUUUAGUUUUACCUUUAAAUUGCUUAAAUGAAUUAAAACAGGAUAUAAAAAAUUCAAAAGACAAAAAAUUAAAGAAUAUUAAAAAAAACAUGUUUGACUUGUAUCUUUGUUUCAUAGAUAUUAAUUGUAUACAUAAUACACUAAGCUGGGAUUUUAGAAAUUUUUUAUAUUGUUUUUGUGUAAAAUAUGAAUUAUACGAUUUUGAAAUUGAUAUAUUUGCAUUUAGAGAUAUUUCUUUAUUAACUGAUCAAUUUGUUUGUACAUUAAAUAGUAAUAACAAAUUGGUAUGGAAAUAUCCCAUUUGUAAUACUAAAAACGAUAUUAUGAAUAACAGCGAUACUUCUUUUUCUUAUGUUUCUAACAUUUAUAAAGUAGAUUACGAUGUUAUAAAAGAUAAUAUACACAAAAUAAAUGAAUAUAUAAAAGUAGAAAAGGAUAAUAUAUCAUAUGAGAAUGGAAAGAAUAAAAAUAAGGAAGUUAUAGACACAAAUAUUAGCAAUUACACCUGUGUUAACGAAGAAGAAAAUGAUAAACCAUAUACUACUAAUAAUAAAAAUAACAGGGAUAUGGAAAAAGAAAAUUCAAAUAAUAAUAAUACUAUGAUUAAAUACAUUUUAAAUUCUUCUAUAUUUAAAGUUAAAAUUUCUGAAAAUUUUCAUUUUAAAAUAAAUAGAGAAACAGAUACCAUCCAUGAACACAAAGAAAGUUCAUAUAAUGAAAAAAUUAAUGAACCAAUAAAUAAUUUAAUGGAUAACAAAAAAUUAUAUUUAUAUGAUUCUCAAAAAGAGAAUAAUGAAGAAAUGAAUAAAAAUAAAAAUAUUUUAAGUUCCAAUUAUAUUUCAUCUUUUUCAAAUAAAUAUUGUAACAGAAAAAAUGAUUUUGAUUCAGGAAAUGAUAAAUAUAGCUUGUUCGACCAAUGUGAAAAAAGAUAUUCUUUAAAGAAUCCUUCUUUUCUUCACAAUUUAGAUGAUAAAGAUAAUAACUUGAAAGAUAAUUUAAUUAACCGGAAAAAUUCAUAUUUAAGUGAUAAUAGUGAAAAAAGAACAAACAGUAAAGAUAAUAAAAUAAAAAAAAAUAAAUGUAUAUGUAUUCAGAUUCAUAGUAAUUUAAAAUAUGAAAUAAUAUCAGGAUGGAAGAAAUAUGAAAAAAAAAAAAAUGGUUUAAAAAAACAAAGCAUUAUAAAUAUUAUAAAUUUGAAUGAUUUUUUAAAUAAAAACGUAAUUCAUAGAAUUUCUGUAGAAUUAAAUAUAAAAUUAAUUAAAUGGAAAAUUUUAAAAGAUUUAAAAUUUGAAAAGAUUAAAAAAUUAAAAGUAAUGAUUAUAGGAUUAGGGACAUUAGGUUGUAUGGUUGCUAGAAAUUGUGUCUCAUGGGGAAUACAAAAUUUCACAUUUGUUGAUAAUUCUCGAGUUUCUUUUUCUAAUGUUAGUAGACAAUAUUUAUAUACAAUUGAAGAUGCAGAACGUUAUAAUAAUAUUGGUGAGUAUAAAUCGAUUGCCGCUAAAAAUAAUUUAUUAAAAAUUACACCUGAUUUAAAUAUUACUGCAAAAAUAAUGGAUAUACCUAUGCCUGGUCAUUUAAACUAUUUAAAAGAAGAUAUUGAAAAUACUAUGAAUGAAUUAGAUGAAUUGAUUGAUAAUCACGAUGUAAUUUUUUUAUUAACAGAUUCAAAAGAAUCCAGAUAUUUUCCUUGCUUGUUAAUAGCAGAAAAACAAUAUAAUUGCUUAAAUGAAAUAAAAAAAAGUUUAAGGGAAGGAACAAAAAAAAAUGCAUUAUAUAAAAAUAAUAGUGAUAUGCUAUAUACAGAUGAUUUUACCUAUGAAUAUAUGAAUAUAAAUGAAAAAAAUUUAUUAGAAGAAAAUGAUUUUAAUAGAUAUUUAUUUUAUAAUAAUAUUAUUGCUAAUGUAGAAAAAUUACCCAAAUUACCACCAUUAGGUAUAACAGUAGCAAUUGGGUUUGACUCUUUUCUUGUUUUAAGACAUUCCUUUUUAUAUUUUAGAGCUGCUUGUUAUUUUUGUAAUGAUAUGCAUUCCCCUUCUGACUCUUUAACAAAUAGAACAUUAGAUGAAAAAUGUACAGUUACUAGAAGUGGUAUAAGUAAUAUAAGUAGUAGUAUAGCUGUAGAAUUAUUAGUAUCACUAACUCAACAUCCUUUAUAUUUUUUUGCACCACACAUUGAUAGAGAUCAAUAUAUUUAUAGUAAUGAUAAUAAUUAUGAGAUUAAAAAAGAAACCAAAAAAAAUGAACUUUCAAAUUCAUUAUCUUCUUGUUUAGGAGCUACACCUCAUAUCCUUACAUUUAAUUUAUCGAAUUUCUCCAUAAAAAAAUUAUUUAGUGAUGCCUUUGAUAGAUGUUUGUGUUGUUCAGAAAAUGUUAUUUUAAAUUAUAAAGAAAAUAAAAUGGCAUUCAUCAAAAAUGUUAUAAAUGAUAGUUUAAUAUUAGAAAGAAUUACCAAUAUAACUAAAUUAAAAGUAGAGGAAAAUGACGUAAUAAUGCUAGAUUGA